UGUGACCUGACGUCACCCAGGCGAGUUACCUCCCGCAGCCGCCACCGCCGGGCUCAGCGCGAGCCCCGCAGCCCUUGAGCUCGAGCCCCGGAGCCCCCGGCGCGCCGAACCGCAGCCGCAUCCCUGAGCCGCGCGCCCCGGAGCCCCCGGCUGCGCGCCCCGCCGGGCCCGCGCGAUGCCCUCCGACCGGCCUUUCAAGCAGCGGCGCAGCUUCGCCGACCGCUGUAAGGAGGUGCAGCAGAUCCGUGACCAGCACCCCAGCAAGAUCCCGGUGAUCAUCGAGCGCUACAAGGGUGAGAAGCAGCUGCCUGUCCUGGAUAAGACCAAGUUUCUGGUCCCAGACCAUGUUAACAUGAGCGAGUUGGUCAAGAUCAUCCGGCGCCGCCUGCAACUCAACCCCACGCAGGCCUUCUUCCUGCUGGUGAACCAGCACAGCAUGGUGAGUGUAUCCACACCCAUCGCUGACAUCUAUGAACAGGAGAAGGAUGAAGACGGAUUCCUCUACAUGGUCUAUGCCUCCCAAGAAACCUUCGGCUUCUGAGUCAAGAGGAGGGGUGGGGGGUGGCUGGGAGUUCUGGUCAGGUUCUCCCCAGGGAGGUCCUGCCUCCUAAACUAAGCUAUUUCGGCCCCGGGUGGAUUAGGCAGAGAUGUGACACCCCCUCCCCCCAGGUAGGGGCCACCAGCCAGCAUACCAAGUCCUGGGUAGGUCCUGGGCCAGUCUUGUUAGGCUUGCUCUUUUGGGUGCUGGCUGGGUUGGGAGUGGGUGGGGAGCAGCAUCCCUGCCCCGUGGGGUUUGUCUUUUUUUUAGGCCCUUGCCUGUCUACCCAUCUUGCCCCUCAUCCACCUGAGGCUUUGCCCCCUGACAGGACCUGCCCCACCCCUGAAAGGCUGGCUCCCCUUGUCCUGACAUGGUAUGUGGAUCUGUGGUCAUUUCCUCUGCAGAAUAAAGAUUGCUCAGGCCUGCCUGGC